ACCACAAUCGCUCCUCUUUCUAGUUUCCAGCUUCCGUAGAAAGAACUGCGGUGUCACGGUGGCUCGGACUCACGAUCACAAUGGUAAAUGGAUGGAUAGACGGAUUCGUUCGUUCGUUCGUUCGUUCAUCAUUUAGGACGCUUUCGUGCGCUUUCGUUGCCUACUUUCUCAUUUUCAACAAGAGGGCCUUGUUUCCCUUGAUUUUCUUUUGGAGCUGAAGCAUCCCAAACAAAAGAGCUUCGGCCGUGGGUGGGCAUCCCGGAACAUAAAUGUCCACUGGAACGAUGCGAUCGCACCCCCGGACCACCGAAUACGAAUAAUGGUAGUAUCCGCCACCGUUUGCGCAAGAACCCAUCGAAACCACCCACCGGGGCUCGGGCAUCUGGUCGUAAACCUUGCGCAGGGCGGGCGCCAUCUUGUUGGUGAGGGUGCCCGCUACGAUCAUGACGUCCGAUUGGCGGGGGGACGCCCGAAACACCAUACCGAAACGCUCCAUAUCGUACCGGGAGGCCGCGGCGUGCAUCAUCUCCACGGCGCAGCACGCCAGACCAAAGGUCAUCGGCCACAGGGAACCCUUUCGGGCCCAGUUGACGAGGUCGUCCACGCGGCUGAUAGUGUAUUCGACGUUGUCCUUCACGGGAACCUGGUCUAAAAAUCGCUGUUCUAGUUGGUCCAUGCUGUCCAAUUUACCGAGCUAAAAGGCGGGAUAAAAAAAUGAAGAGGAGAAGUAAUUGAAGGCGAGAUGCCGAGCGGAAAUAGUACCGAUGGGAGGCGUUAUGCGUAAACGCAACACAACAUUGUAAAGCGAUGCGAUCCAGAAGAAACACAAAAAUUCAUGACAAAACAGCAAUCCGACACGGUAGUUUUCAAGCCAGCAUUCCAAAAUUAUUUAUAUUUGAGUAGAAAGGCAAUAAGAAAUAAAUAAGCAUGAG